AUGUCUACUUUGUUUAAAGGAGAAAAACAGUAUCAGCUCUAUCAAGGAGAAAACAAUAUUGGUGCUGAACUCAGGAGAAAGGAGCCAGAGAUGAAGAUACAUAGCUUAAGAGAAAGAAUAGGCCAUGCAUUUCAGGAGAUUGGCAAGCCCCAAGAUGAUGAAUAUCUAUGUUGUGAUACCUGUCAGGACUUCUUCAUUGACACCUGCUCUGUUCAUGCAUCUCCUAUAUGUGUAAAGGACAGAGCAGUAGCAAAGGAGCACAUUAACCCUUCAUCCCUCACUCUGCCACAUGGGUUGAGAAUGGUCGGACCGUCAGGCAUCCAUGACGCUGGACUUGAAGUAUGGAAUGAGGCCUCCGACUUGCUAGUGGAUCUGCACUUUGGCCCUUUUAAAGGCCAGAUUACAGACGAUGAAGAGGCAGCCAACAGUAUGUGCUCCUGGCUGAUCAACAAAGGGAGAGAUUGCUAUGAGUGUAUGGAUGGAACGGAUAGAUCUCUGGCAAAUUGGAUGAGGUAUGUGAAGUGUGCCAGAGAUGAGGAGGAGCAGAACCUCGUGGCCUCUCAGUAUCAUAGUCAGAUCUUUUACCGAACGUGCCGUAUUAUCAAACCAGGCUGUGAACUGUAUGUCUGGUAUGGAGAAGAUUUUGGCCAGGAAUUGGGCUUAAAUUGGGACAAGUGGAAGAAUGAAUUCACAGCAGAGAAAGCAGAACUAAAGUCAGAGAUCCACCCAUGUCCCUUCUGCUCACUGGCUUUCUCCAAUCAGAACUUCCUCAAUCAUCACAUGAAACGAAGUCAUCCUUCUCGGAUCCUCCCAGUAACAUCUGCAAGAAAGCAAGCUCAAUCAGAGAAUUCCUGUCCACAUGAUCAGAACCAAUGGCAACAGCAUUCUCAUCCUUAUAAUGACAAACCAAGGAAUGACAUGUUUGAAAGUCAAAAUCACAAAGAAAUUUCCAUACCACUGGCUAAAAACAUGAGUCAUAAAAGAAUUUUAACAGCCUUUUCUAAACUAUGUUAUAGUCAAGUAGGGAGCUGUCAGAAACAUGAGAUAGCAAAAGAGGAAGAAAGUAACACAGGACAACAAGAAAAUCCAAAUGACACAGGGAGAGUAGGUCAAGGAUUAGGAAUGCCACGAAUUUUAAGAGACAAAAAUGUAAGGCCUGGGCAAAACUUCACUGAUAGAUCAAAUGUGGUACAUCAAAGGGUACAUACAUGGGAGAAGCCCCAUGUUUGCAGGGAGUGUGGGCGAGGAUUCAGUCGGAGGUCAAAUCUCACCACACACGAAAGGACACACACAGGGGAGAAGCCCCAUGUUUGCAGGGAGUGUGGGCGAGGAUUCAGUCGGAGGUCAAAUCUUAUCACCCACCAGAGGACACACACAGGAGAGAAACCUCAUUUUUGCAGGGAGUGUGGCCAAGGCUUCACUGAUAGGUCAACUCUCAUCACACACAAGAGGACACACACAGGGGAGAAGCCCUAUGUUUGCAUGGAGUGUGGGCGAGGCUUCAGUCACAGUUCAAGUCUCAAUAUACACCAGAGGACACACACAGGGGAGAAGCCCCAUGUUUGCAGCGAGUGUGGGCAAGGCUUCAGUCAGAGGUUAGGCCUCAUCACACACCAGAGGACACACACAGGGGAGAAGCCUCAUAUUUGCAGAUUGUGUGAGCAAAGUUUCAGUCAGAUGUCAAAUCUCAUCAGACACCAGAGAACACACACAGGGGAGAAGCCCCAUGUUUGUACGGAGUGUGGGAGAGGCUUCAGUCAGAGGUCACAUCUCAUCACACACCAGAGGACACACACAGGAGAGAAGCCCCAUGUUUGCAGAGAGUGUGGGCGAGGCUUUAGUCAGAGAUCAAGUCUCAUCAGUCACCAGAGGAUACACACAGGGGAAAAGCCAUAUGUUUGCAGAGAGUGUGGGCGAGGCUUCAGUCAUAACUCAAAUCUUAUCACACACCAAAGGACACACACAGGGGAAAAACCACAUGUUUGCAGGGAGUGUGGGCGAGGCUUCAGUGAAAGGUCAAGUCUCAUCAGUCACCAGAGGACACACUCAGGAGAGAAGCCUUAUGUUUGUAGAGAUUGUGGGCGAGGCUUCAGUCAGAGGUCACAUCUCAUUUCACACCAGACGACACAUACAGGGGCAAAGCCCCAUGUGUGCACAGAAUGUAGGCGAGGUUUCAGUCAGAGGUCAGGUCUCAUAGCACACCAGACGACACACACAGGUGAAAAGCCCUAUGUUUGCAGAGAGUGUGGGCGAGGCUUCAGUGUGAGUUCAAGUCUCAUCAAACAUGGGAGGAUACACACAGGGGAGAAGCCCCAUGUUUGUAGGGAGUGUGGGCGAGGCUUCAGUGAUAUGUCAAGUCUCAUCAGACACAACAGGACACACACAGGGGAGAAGCCCCAUGUUUGCAGAUUUUGUGGGCGAGGUUUCAGUCGGACAUCAAGUCUUAGUACACACCAGAGGACACACAUAAGUUAGAAUAAGUUUGAGUAAGUUAUUCUAACGUAAGUUAGAAUAAGUUUGAAUCAAAGUUGACUAAUGAACAGUCAACGUCUCAGCUUCUACAAAGAACAAAUGCUGCCACCUCAAAAUACACAUCAUACUUGAGGGGGUAGCCAAAGAAUUAUGCUGAUAUGUAGCUUCCUCUGUAUUUUGCCUGCUUUCUAAUUAACCUUGUCUUUCAUA